UUGCAUACUCAGCGCAGAGAACACACGCCUGAAAGUGAGAUUGGCUUUAGCGGUAUCGUAGUACAGUGGGAUAUAUAACCUAUUCGCGUAGAAGAAGAAGAAGGCAUAUAUUGGAUGAAUCUGUUGUGCUGUUAUCUAAAAUUUUGUUAAAUGGCAUUUUUAGUUCGAAGCAGCAUCUGUUCGCUACGGUUUAGUCGGAGCUACGCAUCAAUGUCGAAGAAACAGGGUCUGGUUUUGGGUGUUUACUCAUCGGAUGGCAAGGAUGAGGUGAAGUUUACGCCGUACGCCCAGAAGUACAACGAAUCAACAGCUGGAAAGCUGCUCGAGCAAAUUAAUAUUUGUGGUCCGGUAAAAGCGGGACAAACGCGCAUUUUCUGGGAGCUUGGUAAGUUUCCUGCCGUUGCAGUAGCCGGUUUGGGCGACGCAUCGAAAUGGGACGAGCUGGACGAGAUCGAUGGUGCGAAGGAGAAUGUUCGCAUUGCGGCGGCCGCCGGCGUUCGGGCAUUGUCGGCGAACAAGAUCGGGGAGAUAGCGGUGGAAGACAUGGAGGGUCAUGCUCAACAAGCGGCCGAAGGUGCUACGCUGGCCAACUACAAGUUUCAGGUGUUUAAGAGUAAGGAUAAGCAAACGCCACUGCCAACGGUAGGGUUUGCGGAGGAUGCGAGCGGGAAGGCCGAUUGGGAGCGGGGUGUGAUCAUUGCCGAGGCGCAGAACUUUGCUCGUGUAUUGAUGGAAACACCGGCCAAUCAUAUGACGCCCAGCAUUUUUGCCGACACCGUGAAGCAACGGCUGAGUGCGGCGAACGUUGAGGUACUGGUGCACGAUGAAGCCUGGGCCAGGGAGAAAAAGAUGGGAUCGUUCUUGUCCGUUACGAACGGUUCGAAUGAACCGGCCCGUUUUCUUGAGCUGACGUACCGUGGUUCCAGCGACGAAAAGUGUGUAGCGCUGGUCGGUAAGGGUAUUACGUUCGACUCCGGUGGCAUCAGUCUGAAACCGUCGGCCAACAUGGAUCAGAUGCGUGCCGAUAUGGGUGGUGCAGCAAAUGUGGUGUCUACGAUACUGGCGCUGGCGCAGCUGAAGGCACCGGUGCACGUGAAAGGGUUCGUACCGCUGUGCGAAAACAUGCCUAGCGGUACAGCAACGAAACCAGGCGAUGUGGUGUACGCGAUGAACGGCAAGAGUAUCUGCGUCGAUAAUACCGAUGCUGAGGGUCGGCUCAUUCUAGCCGAUGCGCUAUGUUACGCAUCAACGUUCAAUCCAAAGUUCAUCCUUGAUAUUGCUACACUUACCGGUGCAAUUAAGGUGGCACUCGGGGACUGUGUUUCCGGUGUCUUUUCGAGCAACAAAAAGCUGUGGGAAACGAUUCAUGAGGCAGGUUCGCAGACGGGCGAUCGUGUGUGGCGUAUGCCACUGUUUAAGCACUACAGUGAUCAGAUGUGCGAUCACAACGGGUACGAUUUAAACAAUCUGGGCAAGGGAAAGGGUGGUGGUUCCUGCACGGCUGCUGCCUUCCUGCGCGAAUUCGUACCAAAGGAUACGCCGUGGCUGCACGUAGAUAUUGCCGGUGUGAUGGGUGAUUGUAGCGAUCAGAGUUAUACCGGAUCGAAGGGAAUGUCGGGCCGUCCGAUGCGUACACUGGUCGAGUUCGUUACCAAGGCUGGAAGUGCCUAAUGGGGAGAAGAUG